AUGUUGGCAUCAUUCAUCAGGAUACACCGUUUUAUAGAAAGUUCUUUAAAUAUCCAAGUAUUGAUCUCAAAUGGUCUAUUGAAUUUGUUUCCAUCGACCACGCGCAACCGCUUCAUGGUCAUCGGUUGCAACACCAUGGGUAUCAUUGGUGGCUACCUGCACAGCAACCCAGACCUGUACGUGGCCGGCUGCUACUCCUACUGCCAGGGCAUCAACAGCACGUCCAACGGUGCGCCGUGCACUAGGAAGGGCUGCUGCGAAACCACCAUCACCCCAAACCUCACCAACUUUGCGGCGCUCUUGAUCAUCACCCAGAGCAGUGUAUGGACAUUCAACCCAUGCUUCUACGCUAUGCUUGCAGAGGUUGGAUGGUACAGCUUCAGUCAACAGGACCUUGUCGGGCGUCUUGGGUUCAUCAACAAGAGAGCCAAGAGAGGUAUCCCUGUUAUUUCUGACUGGGCCAUCAGAAAUGGCUCCUGCCCAAAGGAUGGAGCAACGGUGCCAAUGGGUUAUGCAUGUGUUAGUUCAAGCAGCUAUUGUGUGGGUGCAACCAAUGGCCCAGGCUACAUGUGCAACAUCAAUCUCUAA